UUGUAAAGUAAUUUCUUUUUUAUCAGUUUUCCUUCAUUCCGACUACAAUGCAAACUAAAAUAACAAUAAUACAACUUUACAAUUCGCUGAAACCCCAAUACCCCUUUCAAAUUUGGACAAUCCUAAGUGCCUCGCUUCUUGUGAUCUCAGAUGGAAUGCAAUUCGGUUGGUCAUCUCCUGUGAUUCCCAUUUUAGAAUCAAAAGCUUCUCCUAUUAAAAUCACCUCAGACGACGCUGCUUGGUUGCAAACGAUAUUCCUAUUAGCAGGACCUCUGAUAUUAUUUGUAACACCGAUUUCAGUUGACAAAAUCGGCCGCCACAAAACCAUUUUAAUAGUCGCCUGCAUUUCUAUACUCGGAUGGAUUCUCAUCGGAGUUGCGACUCGUAUAGAAAUUCUGUACUGUGCAAGAUUUCUGUUCGGGAUGACAACAAAUAUAAUUUUUACGACAGUGCCAAUGUACACAUCAGAAAUCGCCGCCAAAGAAAUUCGCGGUUUACUAAACGGAAUCGUUUACGUUUUCUUUUACCUUGGAUUCAUCUUGAUCGACUCCAUAGCUCCAUCAAGCCCAUUCUACGUACCUUCAAUAGUGGCUGCAGGAAUUUUACUUUUACAUAUACUCACAUUUAUCACCAUGCCUGAGUCCCCAUAUUUUUUGGUAAGAAAACGACGUUACGAAUGUGCAAUGAAAUGUUUGCAGAGAUUGCGAUCGAAAAACUGUGAUACUGAACUUGAAGAAAUCAGAAAAUGCAUGGCAGCUGCGCACCGCAAAAGUAGCAUACGAGAAUACAUUUCAAAAAAAAGUACUCUCAAAGCAUUUCUUUGUACAACCUUACUGUUUGUGGAGCAGCAAACUUGCGGUCUAGCUGUUAUUUUAAUGAACUUGUACACAAUUCUUGAAAAAGCUGGUUCGAUAUAUCUUGAUUCAAACACGACGCAAAUAUUAUUUGCCUUCUUAAUGUUGGUUUCAAUGUUUGUUGCGUGCCUCAUGAUUGAUAAAUUUGGACGAAAAAAUCUGCUAGUUGUCUCGGGGGUCUUAACAGGAGCAAAUUUAAUUGGGUUGGCCGUUUAUUUUCACCUGAAGAGUUUAGAAUUCAGGGUUGAUUGUCUAAGUUGGUUGCCUUUAAUGUUUGUUAUGUUUUAUGCCGUUACGUUUAAUAUUGGGUUCGGAUUAGUACCCAAAAUUUUAGUCUCUGAACUAUUUUCCAUUAGAGUUAAAGCAGUCGGAAUGUCUAUUGGUGCCGGCACAUCCGAACUUGCGGCAUCUCUUUCCAUUAUAUUUUAUAAAUAUGUCACCCAAUUUUAUGAAAUGCACUUCGUUUUUUACUUUUUUGGAGCAAGUGCUUUUGUAACUGUUUUACUUACAAUCUUCGUAAUUCCGGAGACAAAAGGCAAAUCUUUGGAAGAAAUACAAGGAAUGCUCGAAGGAGCAAACGAACAUGCUUAAAAGAAUCAAACUGUUUUAUUUAUAUUACAUGUAUUAAAAAUUGU